AUGGACAAAGAUUGCGACAUGGUAUAUAAGAACAUCUCUGACAUAUAUAAAUCUGGGGAGUUUAAGACAUACGACAACUUUGUUUCAUUAGCUGCAAAAUGUGUAUGGCAGAUAAGAGAUAAAGACAGAAGAGGUAAGGUAUGGCAUGAACAGAUAAAACCAACUGCUUCAGAUUUAAAGAAAACCAUUGACGCCUUGGUUGUUUUAGCAGGUAAGGUUUCAGAAUAUAACGCAAAAAUGAACCCGCAAUGUUCUAAAUGUAAAGCAGCAAUGAGGAGAUAUAACUACUCCGUCAAAGAGAUAGAAAGAAUGAGAAACGACUAUGCAGAUUUAAAGAAAGAAGCAGAGAAGCCGGUAGAAGAUAAAAUGAACAUGUUAGAAUUUCUGAACAAAAACUAUCCAACUGCUGACGAUUUCCUUCUAUCUGACGUCAAGAAGAAGUAUAAAGAAACUUUCGGCAUUGUUAAAACAUUCGAUGUACUAAAAGAAGAAAUAGAAGCUACAAAACUGUUUAGGAUUUCAAAUAUACAUCGUACAAUUCAUGUAAAACGCUUAUAA